AUGUCAAAGGAUCUUCAGAAAGGCGCCAUGUUUAUGGCAGGUCUGACUCUGUUGCAGUCUCUCCGUGUGGCGUUAACUGGAGCAAAGUUUGCACUUGACAGAUUUAAAAUUCCUCAGCAGUAUGCCAGUUCGUUCAUUAACAUGGUCCAUAAUCCUAUGGAACUGGCAACGUUUACUGGAAUGGCUAUUGUUACUUCUAUCUCAUGGACGUCCUGGUUUAAGAGCUGUUCCGGGUAUUUUGCUACAUUUACUAAUGCUACACUAUGUCUUUCAUUCAUCCUACUUCUCUAUGCAUUUGCAUCUGGAGGUCAAAUGGGAGAUCUUACCUUCUACUACUGGACCAUCGUCUUUGGAUCGUUUAUCUAUGGACUGAAUGUGGCCACUGUAAUGACUGUGGCAAGCGCAGAUGCCGCCCUUUUCAAUGUAGGAAUCCCUCUAUCUGGAAUUCAGGUUUCUGUCUACUACUAUAUCUUUACGAAGCUUGCUAGAUGGCGUAACUGGUCAAACGUUAGUUACUGGAUCAUAUUCUGGCAACUUGUUAUAGCCAUAUUGAUAUCAUUCGCCUCCGCUGUUCUAUGGGUUAUUAUUGCUAUUCAAGGGCCUUCUGGUGGUAGUACUGGUAAAGAGGGUAAAAAUACCGGUGUUGCUUGGUCCCCAAUUCUUAUGGGUGUGGUAGGAAUGGGCGGUAUCUAUGCUUUCUAUCCUGCCAUAGCUCCUUACAAAUUGACUGAUGUUGGUACUGGUUACACUAUUGAUCUUGUUGUUCUAUUCAUGAGCGCGGUUCCUGGUAUUUUCAUUGUUAUCCUAUGCUUAUGUAAUGGAGGAAAUGGUCCUGGUCCAGACCAACCAUGGGAAAAUUUGUAUGGGUGGUGGCAUGCCGCUUGGCUAUUUGCAAUUCCACACAUCACUGCUAUGGUUUUGUGCUUUGUUACACUUCAUUAUCCAGAUAGUGGAGUAGCGAGUUCUAUAAAGAGCAGUGGUUUAAAAGUUGGAGCUAUUACUGUGACCUUAAAGUUCUGUGAAGAAGGGUUAAAGGCGGUUUCAUACGCCGGAGCCGGUAAGCAAGUAGGUAAAUACUGCAGUUGUCCAUGUAAAAGCCAGUGCACCAGAGACAGCGAUUGCAAAUGUCCAUGUAAAGAAACCAACACCAACUGCAAAACCAGCUGCAAAUGCUGUAAAACCUGCCAUGGCCGAGCUGAUUGUCGACCAAGCGAAUGUAACGAGGGCAAUCCCUGCAAAUGUAAAUGCUGUAAAGAUAAUGGUGGUGCUAUCUCCUCUGUUAAUGCCUUCUUAUCCCAAGGUUUAAUGAUCAUUUUGGCUUUUACUGGAGAUGGUUAUUUAAAGACUUAUUCCAAAUAUGAGCAUGACCGGGCUAAGUGGCCUACUAAGAAUUUUGGAACAUUUAGAUCCAUCUUAUACUGGACAGGUAGUGGAAUGUGGGUAGCAUGCAAGAGUGUUAAGUCCUCCUUUACCAAGAAUGUCAGAUGCAAGGUUUUAGGUAAAUCUGAGGCUCUACUCAUUGUAUAUGCAGAUCAGGAAUUUUAA